AGUUGUAGCAAGGCGGCCGCGGUGUCAAGCUGCGUCGUCGUCGUCGUCCCGCCAUUCCUUCCUCCUUGGCGCGCUCCCGUUCCGUGUCAUUUCUCCUAGCCGGGCGCUGCGCGGGAGAGAGUGUGUGCGUGAUUAAUAAUAGCGCCCGACACCGCGCGACGAAUUUUUUUUUUUUUUUUUUUGCGUGGUUUCGUUGCUUUUUUUUCCGCGGUACCGCUGUUCGUUCCUCCGUGGUGCGAAUCAAAGUUAACCUUCCUUGCCCUAGGCACGGUCAACAAACACCCCCUCCGGCCUCAUUGUUGCUGUUCUUAUCUUCUCGUGAAGACACGCGCGUCUCUCUCUUACGAGAGGACGCGGCCAACCCCAUCUUCACGACGGACCGCCUCGGACCGAUCAGCCAAUCGGGAGCGACGGUGAAAUGCAGCACGAAGAGCCAGAGGCCGGUCCCUCGGCGUCGCCGCUGUUGCAUAGGCCGCGGGUGACGGUGGUCGUGGACCGCUCCCCGGGCCGCUGGCAGCCCUGCCGCUGGGGGGUCAGCGACGACGACGGUAGCCGAGGGUCAUCCUCCGCGGCGCGGCCCCAGUUCCGCGUCGCCUACGAGCGCCAGCAGUCGACGGCGUCGGCGCGCGACAACCGCCGGCGAUCCUCCUCGCUCAAGGGCCCGCUGAGGGCUCUGCGACUCUGCGUGCUGAGCGUGCUGCUGCCCGGAGCGCUCGUCGCCGUGCCCUUGUACAUGCGCUACCACGUGUACGGCGAGACCGCCUAUCCGGUGGGCGUGUCCGACAUGCGGCUGGUGGACGCGCGGGUGUCCACCACCUGGUGCCAGCGCCAGGUGGUGCGCGCCAACACCACCUUCAACGCCUUCCUGCUGGCGGGGCAGCCGGCGGCGGGUCGAGACUUGCAGCGGCUGUCCAUGUCCCGGGAGAUCGCGGACCUGCAGGACGACAUGAAGGAGUACUGGGCCUUCUACCUCAUCCGCGGAUCCUCCGUCACCGUCUCCUCGUGCUGCAGGUGGCCCGGAGCCUCGCUGAUCGUGCUGCGCGGGCACAAGAACCUGCACGAGUGCGCCUACAUCGGCGACGCGUCCUCCGAGGAGUCGGACGAGGUCGGGCCCGCCGGCGCCGAGGGGGCGGAGGGGGCAGACCCGGCGCGGCCCGAGACUGUGCGCCGGGCGAGGCAGGGCGUGGUUCUGCACGACCAGCGCAGGCCGCUGCAGCGCGAGGAGAUGGUGGACGGCGAGCUGGACGAGGAGGCCGACUCGGUGCUGGCGCAGUACCUGCGCUCCCACGCGCCCGCGCGGCGCCGCGCCGCCCCCGCCGCCGCCGCCGCCACACCAAGGUCCUCCAGACAACCUCCAGCCGCCUCGUCGGACGAGGUGUUCGACAAGGUGCUGCGCGAGCUGCAGCGGCUGGGCGCCCGAGGGAGACGCGUGCUGCGCCGGCUCGGCGAGCGCCUCAAGACGCCCGUCGGGGACGGCGCGGCGGAGGAGGAGCGCGAAGCCAUCCGGAGGAGGAUCGCCGGCCUGCUGGGCGACGACCACGACGGGAGAGUCGCGGAGGCAGAGACACCACCGCCACCGCCGCCGCCGCCGCCGCCGCGGGCCCGAAGGAAGGGCGGCAACAAGGCCGGGAGGAGGCCUCAGGCACAGACCCGGGGGACGAUUGACGGGCGCAACUCCUCCGCCGACCAGGGCGGCAGGGCGCGCAGGGACGUGUACGUCGUCCCAGUCGGCCUGCCCCGAGAGCUGUUCAUGCACGACGAGGACGCCGAUGCAGCGAUGGAGGAGGGCCUGACGCCGGACGGCAUCGCCGACCACCACGUGACCUUGAACGAGACGACGCUGAACGACAGCAGCCACAGCGAGUUCUGGUCGUCGUUCUCGAGCAGCGAGGAGCGCCUGCUCAACUGCAGCGGGCUCAUCGUGAACUUACCCCUGUCGCCGCACCCCGAGUGUCGCAAGGGCGGCCCUGACUUCCAGCGCGCGUCGCACCCCAACACCGUCACCUACAGGGUGCCCGUGAACGGCUACUACUUCUUCAUCUUCAACAGCGAGAACGAGGUGCAGUCCAACUUCAUCCACGUGAACUUCCGCCUGGAGAAGGUGAUGUACGACGUCUCGAACCCGCUGGCCUCGUGCCGCAACGCCAGCGGCGAGUGCGCCCUGCCGCUGGACUUCUUCUCGGACGAGAAGGUGGUGCUGGAGCUGCCCUUGACGAGCGACGACUCGGCGUGGAACCAGGAGUUCGUGGUCGUCACGACGUGCGAGCCGCGGACGGCGGUCUACCUCGUCUGCGUCAUCUCCGUCCCGCUGCUGAUCAUCCUGUUCGCUUUCCAGUGAAAACCCUCCUCCCUACCACCCCCACCCACCCAUCCACCUCCACCGAGUACCUUACCUGCCCCUGCAUCUUGGAGAAGAAUCCAACCCAAACAAGCGAAAGAGUCCUUUCGUGAUUUCAAAUAACAGAAUCUUCGUAGAAUCGAACAACCCCUUCCCAACCGAGUUACCCGCCUGCCCCUGCAGCUUGGGAAGAAUUUUCAACCUAAAUAAGCCUAAGAGUUCUUCGUGAUCUCAAAUAACAGAAUCUUCGUAGAAUCGAACAACCCCCCCCCCCCCCCCCCCCCCCCCCCGAAUCCUCAACCGAGUUACUUGCCUGCUCCUGCAAAUUGGGGAAGAAUCCGACCCAAAUGAGCGAAGAGAGUUCUACGUGAUUUCAAAUAACAGAAUCCGCACGCCGUAUUUGGACUUUCGAGAUGUCUUGUUUCGUUCUGAACAAAAGGUAAACACACACGUGGACAUAAGAAGAGUGUUCUUGCUGUGGACUUAAAACCAGUUAUUGAAUAUCCUUUGGAUUCAUGUCCAAGAUAACUGGACACAGUGCCCGUGAAUUCACCAGGGUUCUUCGUAAAAUCAAGGUGAAACAUUUCAACAGUGUGCGUUGGGUGAUGGCUCAGCUGUAAGAAACGUGUUGUUUCAAAGGUUUUCCUGUAGUGAUACGCUCCCCGCACCUAGAAUUUCCAACCGCCAGGACGUCUGGUCCGGACAGGAGGGUCUACCUCUUUUGGCUCACAAGUUUCUCGUCCCUUUUUGACGUUUCCUUCUUUCAGCAUCACCGCAGGAAGCCGUGCCUCGCAGUUCUGUUGUUCGUGUCUCGUGGAAGCUCGAAUUCGGGUCAGAUUCUUUUUGUCGUGGUGUUCUUUGCGCCUGCAGGUUUCAAGAUGAGAAAUAACUGUUUAUCUGACAUGUUUCUCUAGGCUAAAGCACCCUAUCACACAAUCGAAGUUUACUUGUAAGGUCUUCUGUGGCAGCAGGUAUGGAUGGUUCUGUGGAAGAGUUAGCAGAGAAGUUUUUGUAAUCGGUCGUGCUCGAAUUUCUGUGUAAUGUUUCGUAGAAGGUGGAAAUUUUACCCAAUCAGAAUGAAGUGGUGGUGUGCCCCAAGUGUUCAAAAGCUAAUUUUUUUGGGAGUGAUCGAAGUUUUCUUGAUUAUUGUUUUGAAACGCGGUGAACAUGUGGUCUGUUGAAGCAAUUAUAGUAUGAUGUAACAAUUAUGAGAAACAUCCAUGUUAAUGCAAUACAAAAAAAAAUGUUUUAACCAUCAUAACAAAGCCAUUCGCACAAGCUAGGCCGACACCAGUGUGAUAGUUUCUUUCAUAGAAACAUCCAUACCUGCUGCCGUGGAGGUUUGGUUAGCAGUUUUUUCUGGAAGCUGUAUGAAACCUUCCCUUGUGUGAUACAGAUUUAAGCGAAGCUUUUGCCAAAUGCAACACAUAUCAGAAGUGUAAUUAUUAACGUCAACUAGCUUUACGUCGACCUCAGACUACCGUACACACAAACUGUGAUGAAACUUUCUAAGUGUGUUUUCCCCAGUACGAAGUAAGACUGAAACUCAGUGUCAACGCUUUAGCUUUGGUUUUAGUGUUGUGUUUGUGUUUUUGGUUUAUUACAUUAUUCAAAAUGUUGUACUUAUAGUUGUGUUAUCAUAUUUUAACCCAGGCUUUGUUAGUGAACUACACAAUACUUUAGAUUGUUGUAAUUAGAGACCUGAACAGUGGAAUUAGGCUAAUAGCUCGAGUAAGUGAUCCAAGUUACUAGUCCAGUGAAGGUUAGAGAUUAAACAUCACAUUUUAAAGUUUGUAACUGUGGCAACUCUUAUAUUAAGGAUUGUGUAUUUGUAUCACGUUGGUAUUAUUAUCAGCCGUUGACUAAUUAAAAUAAUAGUUCAUACAAAACAAUAAGACAUGGAUAUUUUUCUAACACUACUUUGAAACGUGUUCGUUGUUUUAUAUUUCGAUAUAAUAAAACUCGAUUUUACAUAUCUGUAUUUAACUCGAAAGAAGGGUCAUCUUUAUGAAUAACAUAAACGUAUUUUUGAUUGAAUCUUCUCUCGAGGAAAAUUUAACUCAUUAAACAUUAUAAUGAAAACCUUUUUAAGGUCUGAUGUUUGAGCUGUAAAUGGUACAUAUCAGCUUAUUUAUUGUAUGGUAAGUGGAUAAAAGACCGGUAAAUGUAGUACUCAGUAAUAUCAAUAAAGGAGACAAGGCUUUGACCACAAUUAAGUUUUCUUAUGGUACAGACACGUCAUCAUAUUGAAGGUUUCUUUAGUUGUGUGCUUAGGGCACACAAUUAUUCUCCUCAACCAACAUUACCUACAUUGGCUGAAAUCAAACAAACUCCGCCUCUUUGAGCUGAACCAAUGAAUAAGCUCCUGCUAACUCAUUUUAACUGAAAAAAGUUAUGGUAAAUACACAGUAAAAUCUUGUUUAUACUUUUAUAAUAAAACUCCUUGGAAACUCUGUUGCCAACGAUAUCAUUUGUAAAACUGCACUGCAGAAUUUUUUUUAACGUUGAAAGGAGUUUUGUUGUAAAAUUACAAAAAUAUUUUACAGUUUCUAUAGGAUCUACUAGCUGUCUUGAUGCAUAUCACCACUUUCAUUAUAUGAUCGUUGAUGUAUGCUUGUACUUUGCAUACAGUAAAUUAGUUGAAUCAGGCUAUCAUACAAAAACUAAAGACUGAUUUAUAUCUGCACUUAGAGAGGAGUGCAUUAAUGUGAUAUAUUUGAAAGUGAUUUUAUAAAUGUUAUUUUAUUGUAUGGUAACUGUGAUAUUACGGCUUGAGGGAAUGUAUAUUUUGAUGGGUUUUUUUCUGGUCGGUAUGUUAAUUAACUACCUAUUGUAAACUAUAAAAUUAAGUAUGUGUGUAAAUACAUGUGUUUAGCUUGGAAACUAAUUAAAACCAUAAUUUUUAAAAAAAAAUAUAUUAAUCAAGUCCAUUUUUUCCAUUUUCAAUUAUUUAUGAGUUGUGGAAAAUUUACGUUAUCAUGUUGUAGAUUGUACUACCGUAGAUAUUACAGGGAAUAAAUAAUAUGCACCAGGGGAGUGUCCGCGGAAUGUCGCGUGCAGGGGUAAAAAAUAAAUAAUUGAAUAUGUACAGUCAUUGUCAGGGAAGACACGCACAGAGAAUUGGCAAAAACAACGAUACAACACACGCUACGGAGGGGAAAAAUAUAAGGGUUUCAUUUUUUAUGUGUAAAUCUCGUAGCUCUAUGUAUACGGCAUUUUAGUAGAAGUAAUUUCGUGAAAAUGGAACGGAAGUCAACGAACAGGAAAGUGUAACCAAGAUGGCGGGCCCACGUGUAGCAACAUUAAUCCGUAUACAGUCACUUUCGUAAACAUUAGGUAAGGUACGUACCGAACGUAAUGGUGCUGCCAAAUAAAACUUUAUGAUAGUGAAACUACCUCAUAACAAAUUGGGUAAACUAAAAUAGACAUUGCAAAACAUAAUCUUAAAUUUAAAAAAAAACUGGCAUUACAGUGACUGUAAUAGCUACAUAUCCUCUUUCUAAAUUCCCAAUUUUCUUAAAAGCACAGUGGUAGAGCGCACUCUUUUUAACCUCAAGGGACGUUGGUCAAAAUAUCAUCAUUGGAAUUUUAUUUUUAUUUUUUAAUAACAUAAUAUAACAAUAUUAUGAAACAAGAAUAAUGAAUCAGCCAAAUAAUGUUAAAUAUUGUCUGUAGGAAUUAUUUACAGACUGAUUUCAGUCGUUUAAGCAAAAAACCAAUUUAAAAGAUAUAUACUUAGUGUUAUAAUAUGUGUUUUCAAAUGUUUCAGGUUAAUAUUUCAGUAAUGCCAUAGAAGUAUGACUUCUAAAGUCUGCGGGAACUUUAAAGUAUUAACUGUUUAGUGAAUUUUAACAACACGCGUGGUAUUUUAGUAAAAUUCCUUGUCGAAAAUCAGGUCCAGAGCAGGAGUUUAGUAUUAUUGAACAUAUUUUCGCUUUCAUCGGAGGGGUUUCAUUACACAGUUUAACCUUUCGCUCUACAAACCGAGUAAUUAUAUAGAUGACGUAGCUUCUGAGGCAGCGAAUUCUAGCGGACGGUACGAAAACUAAGUGUGGUUCGCGACAGUAAAGAAUUUUCGUAAAUUUUUUCAAACUCGGCGAUAUUUUAAAGAAUUCUUCGCCAAAUUUCGUGUCCGAGUUUAGUAUAAGUGUAUUUGCAACAUGAAUUUUGCUCGUUACCAAGGUUAGAUGUUACACAUCUCUGGCGAGUAGUGAAAAACCAGCUCACAUUUUUGUUUUAUGUAUGUAUGAUUUUUUAGACAGUAUAAAACUGUAUAUGACAAGAAGAUAAAAAUAUGUGUGCGUAGCUAGUCCUAAUUAGAAUAUCCAUCGAUUAUUUGCGUAGUUAUUGCAUCUCCGUUAGACAAGGCCCAAACUAAAUUUGUGCAGUUAUGGUGAUAUUCCACAGCAAGUUAAGUAAGAAAAAGGUCAGUUAUUUCAGCUCAUUUCAAGCCUGGAGAUUAGCUUUUUUUUAUCAGUUAGUGGCGUAGUUUAUGUAUGUGGUCGAGUGGCCAUACUAGUCCUCAACAGAAUGUUGUAACGAAUUGUACAUAAUGUGCUAGAUUAGCAGCUAUGCUAUUUUAUAUAACUUUUAAUAUGCAUAAAAAGGUCUGGACAUGGGACAAUACUUAUUUGCCAUCAUAGUGGCGUAUGUAUGUAAGUUUUAUUGUGUACAUAACUAAUAAAGUGUGAAUAAUUUUCUGGUAUUUGUAACUAGUUAUGGAAUUACUUUCUUAAUCAAAAAUGUGAUGACAAAAUAUGAUAAAAGACUUGUAACCAUUGUUUUGUUAUAUAAAAUUACAGAGACCUGAUGUAUGAAUAAAUAUUAUGUUGUUACUGA